CCUCCCUCGGCAGCCGCGGCGGCGGCGGCGGCGGCGGCGGCGACUGGGGAUCAGACAUGGUGGCGGAUCUGAACCUGGAGUGGAUCUGCUCCCUGCCCCGGUCCUGGAUCACCAGGGGUGGCCGAGUCUUCUUCAUCAACGAGGAGGCCAAGAGCACCACCUGGCUGCAACCCGUCACCGGCGAGGCCGUGGUCACCGGACACCGGCGGCAGAGCACAGAUUUGCCUGCUGGCUGGAAAGAAGCAUAUACCUUUGAAGGUGCAAGAUACUAUAUAAACCAUAAUGAAAGGAAAGUGACCUGCAAACAUCCAGUCAGGGGACAACCAUCACAGGACAACUGUAUUUUUGUAGUGAAUGAACAGACUGUUGCAGCCAUGACAUCUGAAGAAAAGAAGGAACGACCUGUAAGUAUGAUAAAUGACGCUUCUAACUAUAAUGUGACUUCAGAUCAUGCGGUGCAUCCAAUGAGCCCUGUAGGCAGAACUUAAUGAGCUUCAAAAAAAGUUCAUAAUUUUGGAAAGAGGUCAAAUUCAAUUAAAAGGAAUCCUAAUGCACCGGUGGUCAGCCGAGGUUGGCUUUAUAAACAGGACAGUACUGGCAUGAAAUUGUGGAAGACACGCCUGUAAUCCCAGCACUUUGGGAAGCCAAGGCGGGUGGAUCACGAGGUCAAGAGAUCGAGACCAUCCUGGUCAACAUGGUGAAACUCCAUCGCUACUAAAAAUACAAAAAAUUAGCUGGGCACGGUGGUGCGUGCCUGUAAUCCCAGCUACUCAGGAGGCUGAGGCAGGAGAAUUGCCUGAUCCCAGGAGGCGGAGGUUGUGGUGAGCCAAGAUCGCGCCAUUGCAGUCCAGCCUGGGUAACAAGAGCGAAACUCCAUCUCAAAAAACAAAAAAAAAAAAGAAAGAAAUUGUGGAAGAAACGCUGGUUUGUGCUUUCUGACCUUUGCCUCUUUUAUUACAGACAUGAGAAAGAAGGGUCUCCUGGGAAGCAUGCUGUUACUAGUUUUCAGAUAGAUUUGCUUACCUCUGAAGAUCACAUUAAUCACAAAUAUGCUUUUAAGGCAGCCCAUCCAAACAUGCGGAUCUAUUAUUUCUGCACUGAUACAGGAAAGGAAACGGAGUUGUGGAUGAAAGCUGUGUUAGACGCUGCCCUAGUACAGACAGAACCUGCGAAAAGAGUGGACAAGAUUACAUCUGAAAAUGCACCAACUAAAGAAACCAAUAACCUUCCCAACCAUAGAGUGCUGAUUAAACCAGAGAUCCAAAACAAUCAAAAAAACAAGGAAAUGAGCAAAAUCAAAGAAGAAAAGGCAUUAGAAGCUGAAAAAUAUGGACUUCAGCAGGAUGGUCAAGAUAGACCCUUAACAAAAUUGAUAGUGUAAAGUUGAAUUCUCUGCCUUCUGAGUAUGAGAGUGGGUCAGCCUGCCCUGCUUAGACUGCACACUACAGACCAGUCAACUUAAACAGUUCCGAGAACAAAAUAGUCAGUGUUAGCCUGGCAGAUCUUAGAGGUGAAAAUCACCCCAGUACAGGGCCCUUAUACAGAGGCUGAUGGAGUCAUACAGGGAACAAAUUCAGUGCAGCAAUUGGAAGAGUGGAUUAACAUCCAGAAGGGGAGGAGUCAUGAAGAAGAAAGCAGGGGAGUAAUUUCUUACCAAACAUUACCAAGAAAUAUGCCAAGCCGCAGAGCUCAGAUUAUGGCCCACUACCCUGAAGGUUACAGAACACUCCCAAGAAACAGCAAGACAAGGCCUGAAAGUAUCUGCAGUGUAAACCCUUCCACUCAUAACAAGACAUCAGGACCUGGAGCAGAAGAGAAAUGAGGUUCAUGAGAGAUGACACAAUGUGGCAGCUGUACGAGUGGCAGCAGCAUCAGUUUUAUAACAAACAGAGCACCCUCCCUCGACACAGUUCUUAACCCAAAACCAUGGUUAAUAUUUCUGACCAGACAAUGCACUCUAUUCCCACAUCACCUUCCCACGGGUCAAUAGCUGCUUAUCAGGAAGACUCCCCUCAACGAACUUACAGAUCGGAAGCAUCUUCACCAAUUCAGAGAGGAGAUGUGACAAUAGACCUCAGACACAGGGCCCAUCACCCUAAGCAUGUCUAUGUGCCUGACAGAGGAUCAGUGCCAGCUGGACUGAACUUUAUAGUCUGUUAGUCCCCAGAGCCUCCAAGGGAAAACGCUGUCACAAGAUGAAGGCAGAGGCACAUUAUACAAAUACAGACCCGAAGAAGUAAAUAUUGAUGCCAAGUUAAGCCAAUUAUGUGAACAAGAUAAAGUGGCGCGUGCUCUGGAAGAGCAACUUCAGCAGCUCCACGAGGAGAAAUACACGCUUGAGCAAGCUUUACUAUAAGCCAGCCAAGAGAUAGAAAUGCAGGCAGAUAACCCAGCAGCCAUUCAGACAGUGGUGUUACAAAGGGACGAUUUACAAAAUGGACUGCUUAGUACAUCAAGAAGUUCUCCAGCCACUGCCGAAUUGGAACGAGCAUGGAGAGAAUAUGAUGAGUUAGAACACGACGUGACUAUUACCAGGAAGCAGAUGCAAGAGCAGCUAGAUCACCUUGGUGAAGUUCAGACGGAAUCAGCAGGAAUUCAGCGAGCACAGAUUCAGAAAGAACUUUGGCGAAUUCAAGAUGUCAUGGAAGGACUGAGUAAACACAGCAGCAAAGAGGUACUACAGCAAUAGGUAUGGUAGGACCAAAGCCUUUCUCAACAGUUAAGUACAAAAAUGAGGGUCCAGAUUAUAGACUCUACAAGAGCGAACCAGAGUUAACAACAGUGGCAGAAGUUGAUGAAUCUAAUGGAGAAGAAAAAUCAGAACCUGUUUUGGAGAUAGAAACAGGUGGUUUCUUCAGUUGUUAAAGAUUCCCAUUUUCCUGUUGGAGUAGCCCCUCCAAGAACAAAAUCACCAACACCCAAAUCUUCGACAAUAGCUUCGUAUGUAACCUUGAGGAAAACUAAGAAGAUGCUGGAUCUAAGAACCCAAAGACCAAGAAGUGCAGUGGAGCAGCUCUGUUUGGCUGAAAGCACUCAACCUAGGAUGACUAUGGAAGAGCAGAUGGAAAGAAUAAGAGGACAUCAGCAAGCGUGCCUGAGGGAAAAGAAAACAGGAUUAAAUGUUGUGGUGCUUCAGACCCAUCACCUUUACAAAGCUCUUCAAAUUUAAGGGAUAAUCCAUUUAGGACUUCUCAGAUCUGAAGGAGGGAUGAUAACGUGAAGGAACCGGACGCUGUCAUCAGAGAAAAUGAUGUAAAAGCCAGACCGCAAAACUCCUGCAGCAGAAA